ACUGUCCAGGGUCCCGUGGACAGCUCAUCCCAUGGCAAUGGCUGCAGGCUCUCGGACCUCCUGGAUCGUGACCGUCAUUCUGCUCUGCCUGCUCUGGCCUCAGGAGGCCCGUGCCUUCCCCUCCAUGCCUCUGGCCAGCCUGUUUGCUAACGCUGUGCUCCGAGCCCAGCACCUGCACCAGCUGGCUGCUGACACCUACAAAGAGUUUGAGCGUGCCUACAUCCCUGAGGGACAGCGAUAUUCCAUCCAGAAUGCCCAGGCUGCCUUCUGCUUCUCAGAGACCAUCCCAGCCCCCACUGGCAAGGAAGAGGCCCAGCAGAGAUCGGACAUGGAGCUGCUCCGCUUCUCGCUGCUGCUCAUCCAGUCGUGGCUGGGGCCUGUGCAGUUCCUCAGCAGGGUGUUCACCAACAGCCUGGUGUUCGGCACCUCGGACCGCGUCUAUGAGAAGCUAAAGGACCUGGAAGAGGGCAUCCAGGCCCUGAUGCGGGAGCUGGAAGAUGGCAGCCCGCGGGCUGGACAGAUCCUCAGACAGACCUAUGACAGGUUUGACACCAACAUGCGUAGUGACGACGCGCUGCUCAAGAACUACGGGCUGCUCUCCUGCUUCAAGAAGGACCUGCACAAGGCGGAGACCUACCUGCGGGUCAUGAAGUGUCGCCGCUUUGUGGAAAGCAGCUGUGCCUUCUAGUCGCA